AUGCCUUGUAUGCGUUCUGCGGUGAACCUUUUGACUGGCACGUGCCCUUAUUACUUAUACCGCGCAAAAGAUAAUUGUGAUUACUGUUUCCUUACCCCAGAUCGUGAAGAAGACCCAGAGCCUGGGGACGACGACGCCGAGGAGUCAGAUGGACAAUCAGGCCUGCCACUCUCAGCGUCCGUAGGCUUUCGCGGAGGCUUCACUUCGGGUUACGUAGUAUCUACAAGGCUCGAUGCACGAAUGCAGAAGAGAUGGAAUCCUGACGAAGAGCCAGACUCAGAACCCCCUCCCCCUGAAGAACCGGAUCCCGAAGAGCCGGAGCCCGAAGAGCCGGACCCCGAAGAGACAGAGCCUGAGUCCGACGAUGUCGAUGAGUCAGACUCAUGA